UAUGGCUGUCUAGUCGAUCGUCAAGUAAAAGACCGUGUAUUUUCUUAAGUAAAUAAUUUUUAAUUAACUCUAUUUUCUAAUGUAACGGAAUUGUUUAUAAUACCUCAAGAAUCAAGUAUGGCAUCAAGGGGCUGAGGAUUGCUUAAAAUUUGGAGCAGUUCUCUAUUUUGAGUGCUCCUGGUGUGAGCAGCCCUCCCCGCCCGCUUCCCCCACGCCGCCCCAGUGACGUAACAACAUGGCGCAGGUCGGAGCCAACAUGGAGUACCAGGAGUACAAGUGGGCCUACUCAAUUAUGGACUCUUCAAAGGUGUCAGCAUGCCUGAUCUCAAUGCUACUGAUAGUGUACGGCAGCUUCCGGUCCUUGAAUAUGGAGAGGGAGGCUCGCGAGCGGGCGGAGAGGGAGCGAGAGGCCACGUUGCUCGGCGGCAAGCCUGCGCCUUCUUGUUCACACAACAGCAGUUUCGUUCCAGACGUGCAGACAUUGAACACGAUGCAGGCGCUGUGCUUCCCGCUCGGCUCCUCUGUGGCCCUGCUCAUCAUGUUUUUCUUCUUUGACUCCAUGCAGACCCUCGUCGCCAUUUGCACUGCCAUAAUAGCGUGCGCUGCGCUAGCUUUCCUGCUGACGCCGCUGUGUCAGUACGUGGCGGGGAGUGCUGGGGGUGCGGGGGGCGGGGCGCGCGCCUGCGGCAGGUACUCCGCCCCCGAGCUCGCGGCAGCACUACUCGCAGCCGCCAUCGUCGCUGUGUGGGUCCUCACAGGACACUGGCUGCUUAUGGAUGCAAUGGGCAUGGGCCUAUGCGUGACCUUCAUCGCGCUGAUCCGGCUGCCCUCGCUCAAGGUAUCCACAUUGCUGCUGACCGGCUUGCUGCUCUACGAUGUCUUCUGGGUCUUCUUCUCUUCCUACAUCUUCACCACCAACGUCAUGGUCAAGGUCGCCACCAGGCCGGCGGAGAAUCCCAUGAACGUAGUAGCGCGGAGAUUACAAUUAGGUGGUGCGAUGCGAGAUGCACCCAAGCUGUCUCUGCCUGCCAAGCUCGUCUUCCCUUCAAUGCAUCAUCAGGGACAUUUCUCUAUGCUAGGUCUGGGUGAUAUCGUGAUGCCGGGUCUGCUGCUGUGCUUCGUACUACGUUACGACGCCUACAAGAAGGCCACUCUCGUCUGUCAGAUGGGGCAGGUGCCUGGACCUAGGUCUAUGGGCUCCCGUCUGACAUACUUCCAUUGCUCGUUGCUGGGCUACUUCCUGGGUCUGCUGACGGCGACGGUGUCCGCGGAGGUGUUCAAAGCUGCUCAGCCCGCGUUACUCUACCUGGUGCCCUUCACGCUGCUGCCACUCCUCACCAUGGCAUACGUCAAGGGUGAUCUCAGAAGAAUGUGGAGUGAGCCGUUCAUCGCACCUAAUGGUAAAUCCGGAGCUGACUUUGAUGUGUGAGGAAACCCAGAGGAACAAUGUUAUAUUCCCAGUAGUUGGCAAAUAAACCAACGUCCGAACGUCAGCUUACAAGAUAUAAGUAUGCUACAUUUAUAGUCUACAUUAUAUUACUAUGACAGUGUUGCCAGUUUAUUUGUUUUAUGGUUAGAUGUUUUGAUGGCAAUAGACAAGUUAAUGUCAGUUGUACAGCUCUGUUAUGAAAAUGAAAAAUAAUGGUAACUUUAAA